AUGGCGGUUAUUCCGAAGUUCUCGGUCUUUCCGAGCAUCGAGGCGCCCUCUAUGGGGGUUUACUUGGCGUUGGCUUUGCUUGGGCUGGGAGUUGGUUUGAUCUCAUCCUACUACCUCGGAUGCAUCAUCUACAAUGUCUACUUCCACCCACUGUCCAAAUAUCCCGGCCCCAGACUAAUGGCCGCCACCCGCAUCCCCUACAUGCAAGUCGUGAUCGGCGGCCGCUACGCCCAAAGACUAAAAGAGCUCCACGCAAAAUACGGGGACGUCGUCCGCAUUGCCCCAGACGAACUCUCCUUCAUCGACGGCAACGCCUGGAAAGCAAUUUACGGCACUCGACCAGGUCACAGCCAAAAGCAAAAAGAUUACCGCUUCUACACACCAACAGUCACAAACACAUCCAGCAUCAUUCAAUCCAACGACAUCGACCACACCCGCUUCCGCCGCCUACUCUCUCACGCCUUCUCAGACAGCUCGCUCCGGGGCCAGGAACCGAUUAUAAAAUGCUACGUCGACUUGCUCAUACAGCGACUGCACGAGAACGCAGACAACGGCACCAAGCCGCUGAACAUGGUCGCUUGGUACAACUACGCAACCUUCGACAUCAUCGGCGACCUGGCCUUUGGCGAGCCCUUCGACUGCCUUAAGAACUCCGAGUACCACGAGUGGGUCAAAUUGAUCUUUAGCGAAAUCAAGUUCAGCGCCUAUGCGAAUGUCUCGCGACGAUUGCCGGCGUCUAAGUUGUUAUUGCCGCUUAUUACGCCGAAAAGGGUUAUGACGCAGAAAGAGUGGCAUCGGCAGCUGACGACGGAGAAGGUUAUGGGACGAUUGGAAAAGAAUAAUGAGCGGCCGGACUUUUAUGCGAAUAUUUUGAAGCAUAAUGGGACGGAGAAGGGGUUUAGUGUUGGUGAGAUGAUUGCGAAUGGGAGUACGCUUAUUAUUGCCGGGUCUGAGACGACGGCAACGCUUCUCUCCGGUGUGACCUAUUUGCUUCUCAAGAAUCCGCGGGUACUGGCAAAGUUGCAAGAGGAGGUUCGUGGGGCAUUUAAGAGUGAGGCCCAGAUUUCGUUUGAGUCGUGUAAUCGGUUGGAGUAUUGUUUGGCUGUGCUGACAGAAGCGUUGCGUGUUUAUCCGCCUGUUGGUGUUGGGCUGCCUAGGAUUGUGGAUCCGCAGGGUGAUGUUAUUGCUGGGGAGUGGGUUCCUGGCGGCACUAUCGUCUCGGUUCCUCAUCUCGCGGCCUACCACUCGCCCAAGAACUUUACCGAUGCAGAGCAAUUUGUUCCGGAACGCCAUCUCGGUGAUCCUCGCUAUGCAAAUGAUAGCAGGAUGGUUAUGCAGCCGUUUAGCUUUGGGCCGAGAAACUGCAUUGGGCGGAACCUUGCUUACGUCGAGAUGCGCAUCAUUCUUGCACGAAUGAUCUUUAACUUCGACAUGGAAUUGGAUCCAGUCAGCGAGAAUUGGAUGGAUCAUAAAUCAUUUAUCCUGUGGGAUAAGCCGGACCUGAUGGUCAAGCUUAAACCCCGAACCAAGCUACAAUAA